UGGAACUAUAGGUAUACCUGUACAUCUCAAACGCCAACCUUCCUGGGAUGCUGCACAAGUAACCCAUGCAACAAUAAAGGCUGCCCGGCAGCAGAUCUUCGAGCUGCCGGGCUAGGACUUGGACUUGCAGGACAAGAAGCAUCUUUUAGUCUUGGCUCUUAUUAUCCAAACGUAUAUUGUUCUUCUGGAAGUUGAUGGAUAUGUGCAAGUCAUAAUCCUUCGUUUCAAGGUUGUUGUGAUAUCAAUCCAUGUUCAACAAAUGCUACGCGUUGCCCUCAAUCCCAGCUACAUCCUGCGACUUCCAAAGCUGUGACCACUGCUUUGAACUUUACUGGCUCGUUCAACACUACUCUGCCGACAGCUACCUUUCCAGUAGCUACUUCUCUGCUCUCUACGAUUUCGAUGACGAAUAUCCCUGAAGCCUUCAGCAUUGAUUCUUCAUCAUCGACACACAAGGGGUCACCAGGGAGUACACUUUGGAAUGAUACCGCCUACUCAACGCGAACAUCUUCGCAGUAUACAAUGUCGAGAAAUGAAAAUGUGUCGACAUCACUUUCCUGUCUGCCGACAUCCGAUACAGCGCUGCGCACUGGAGCCACUCUAUUGAACCUAUCAUCAACACACGUCAGCAAUGCUGACAAAAACGGCACUGUCAUAACAACCAAGCCAAAUAUUGUAACUGUAACAUCGGUAUUGACAUUCACAGCUGUCCGGAUCUCGGUGUAUACAGUUCCUUACAGCUUAUCAGAUUCUAUUUAUCCCAACUAUUCCACGUCUUUAUCCACAGCCAGAACAGUUACCAGUUCGAGCUAUCUUGAUUCCGCAUCUUCAAGUCACCGAGCAGCUAGUUCCACAUCACCAUCCCCUGUCACCAGCACUCUUCCUCCCGACACAACUACGGAUACCAAACUUGUGGCCUGGGGCACCAGCGGUGGAGUUGCUUUCAUCUUGAUUUUCGCAUUUAUAUCAUGGUGGCUACGAAGUCGUCGGAAGAGAGCCAGCAAAAGGAGUGAGAAACCAACAACAAUCUCCUCACUUUCCUGGCUACCAUGGAAACAGAAAAGGAAGGAAAUUCCAAGAACAUCUUUCUCUACCUAUCCUUUCAAGGGAAUGGCACAACCUACACCGAACAAGAGUGGAAACUUCAUGAAUGAGACCUGGUCUGCGAGUUUGAGGAAUUAUAGGAAUUUGAGAACUAUGGAUAUGGCAAAAUAUGGUACGGGUAAUAUGAAUCACCAUUUUUCGCUUUGUUUGUUCUGAGAGCUAAUAACAUUUAGAUACACAAUCGCGGAAUAUGGCACCCCAACAUCUUUCAGGUUACGAAUCAGAUUAUUCACGACCAGAUGAACCACAAGCUCUAAAUAAUAAUGAAAAUUUAACUUCUCUUGGAAUGGGGUUGGAUAGAAAUUCUUUUGGUCAGAGAAUGGUCCAGAGGGGUUGGGACGGAAUACACUUACAGAGUGGGUAUGUAGCCAGACGUGAUGGAGAGAUAGAGCAUGAUAUUGAGCGUUGGAUAUCUUGUGGGACUAUAUUUUCACAUGGUAGAGAGAUGCAUUAUACAUGUCGCAGGGAGGAAAGGUUAUUGGUUUAGGCAUUCGUAUUGGAAUUUCAUUAUCUAUUUAAACGUCGAAAUCCCAAGAU